CUGACGGAAAGUUUGCAGAGCUCGAGGACAAGCUCUGCCUCCCAAGCGACAUGACCCUGGACCAACUCGACGCUUCGUUGCGGCAGUUCACCUCGUUCUGCGGGUGUUAUCAUGAGCAGUACCUCCAGACGCCCCUCCAGCUGGAGCACGCCUGCGACCUGCUUCUCAACUCGGAGCUGUUUACUUUUCACUCGGAGCGGAUGUGUGAUAUACUGCUAGACGAUGCUCAAACUAGCACGGACCCGCACUACCAAUUAAUCCUGUACACCAUCCUGCUCGGUUACGGAAGACGACAUGCGAGCUUUCUGAGAUCACACAAGCGGUGGCGGCCCAUCAUCCCCUUGCUCAUGGACCAUGUCCGGCUCGACAUCAACCCCGAGCUCGAGGACGCCGGUGUGGCCGCCAAUCGCACUGCCAUGCCGAUCGAGGCAAAACUACGCCUGCUUUCCGUCAACAUCCUCUACGAGGUCUGCCGUGUACAGAAGCUGUCCCUAAGCGACCUGCGCAUCUUCGACGACACGUUCAUCGAACACCUCUUCGAGGUCGUCGAGCAGACACGCGACCACGCGGACGAAACGUUCAACUAUGCCGUUAUUAAGCUUAUCGUUGCGCUCAACGAGCAGUUCAUGGUCGCUUCGCUCCAGCCGCAUACACAAGGGCACGCCAAGACCGAUUCGCACCCUGAGCCGAAACCGGAGGAACAGAAUAGGGUACUGCGCAUGCUCAUGGCCCGGUUAGGAUCUUGCAUGACGCUUGGCGAGAAUCUCAUCUUCAUGCUGAACCGCGCAGGAAGGACGGCGGAAGAUCUGGUCAUGCAGCUUUUGGUCCUGAAACUGCUAUAUCUGCUGUUCACGACGAAGGGCUGCGCAGAGUUUUUCUACACCAACGAUUUGCGCGUGCUAGUCGAUGUAUUUCUUCGAGAAAUACUUAACCUCGACGAGGAGAACGAGUCUCUCCGACAUACCUACUUGCGAGUGCUGCACCCUCUGCUCACGAAGACCCAACUCCGGUCCAUGCCAUACAAGCGCGCACAAAUUGUGCACGUGCUGGAAUCGCUCAUCGAGAACGAAAAUAUUCGUGACAUCAACCCCACGACCAAACGGCUAGUGAAACGGUGUCUCUCGGGUGACUGGUGUGCGCAAUAUCGGAAACCACAGCCAAAGUACCCUUCGUCCUUCAGUGAUACGCAGAGUGUCUACAGCACGGACUCGCUUCGUAGCCCGGCGCUGGACUCAGUUUCUGCGGUAGUAGCGUCGACGGUUCACACAAGUGGAAGUAAUACCUUGCUAGCAGUAUCGGAUACGGUCAGUGGCGGUAGGGUCAAGUCAUCUCUGAAAGCGAGCAGAAGCCACGAGAAUCUGCAGUCGACGCCGACCGCGUCCAAAGAGAAGGAAAAGCAUAUACGACUGGGGAGCAACGACAGCCAUGUGAGCCUCCCUCGCCUCGCAGCCGCGGCGGUCGUCGAGCCCAGCUUCUCACGGCGACGAGACCGACCCUCGUCGCUGGAUGUCGAAGUGCCUUCUACAGCACGACGCACGACUAUCCUCGACGACUCGCCGGUGACGACAGAACGUGUCGGGGCGCCCGAGAUCCGUAUCACUUCAUCACCAUUCUCGCCGACGGAACUGUCCCCGCUCGAUCCCCUCGACUCGACUGCACCGGCAUCGUACCCGGGCUCACCCGUCUCGACGAAGCCGCGGAAAGCGGCGCCCGCGCCGCCUCCGCGGCGGCGCAAGCCCCCUGCGAUACCCACCAGGGUCGCUAACGGCAUCACGAUCACGACUAUCGCGACGUCGGCGUCCACUCCUGCGACUCCGAGGGUGCAUAGUCCGCUCAGGAAUGGGGCGGUGUCGCGCUAGGGUCAUUUUCGAUCCCUUCCUUUCCCUUUCGAUUUUUGUCGUACACACUUUACGCGCAUGCUCUCGAAUGGUCACGCAUUUUUCUUCCCUCAUCGCCCGUUGGUUUGAUAUCUUACUCUGAUUCUAAUACAUGGGUCUUGCGGAUAACAGAUACGACCUUGGUGCAUUUAGAAUGACGCAUACAUUCAGGUGUUCCGCGCCAGCCGCACAUUAGAGUCAGCCCCGGGAUGGGCAUAGAGCUGAGCGACGAAUGUCAGCCCCAAAGGAAACUCACCUCCUCUCUGCAUCAUGACAUCUACUCCCUGCGUGUUUGCAUCAGAACCUGGACUCGCCGACCCUUCUGUUGAGAAAGCUAA